CAAUUCUCUCUAGUUAACUGUUGAACUUUUUUUUUUUUUUUUUUACAAUUCUGGAAAUCAAAAAUGCUACUAAAAUAAGUCUUACUAGAAUUUUCUUAAAGAUAAAUUAUCAAAACGUUUUUAUUUUUUUCCAAAGUAACUUACAAAAUUGAUACUUCUAUUUUCCAAAUACAGCAGUAACCAAACACUGACAGUACAUAGUUUCAGUUUGUUAAUGAUGCAACAGAACCGGUGCAUUCUUGUUCAGUCACUUGUUGACUGUACAUGACUCUGUGUGUUUACUAUGUCAGUGAUGCACAUGACAAGCUGCUGGUCCUCCUCUGCUUUCACAGGAGACACACUAAAAAUAGUACACUAGUGUUUUUCUCACCUCAGCCAAGUCUUCUGUUUGCUCUUCCCUCACUCUGAAAGACCAGUUCACGAGUCAAGUAUCUGACUAAAGAUGACUAACGAUGUCAAUCAGUGUCGAUUCAAAAAGUUGAUAAUGAUUGUCUCAUUUUGAACAGAUAGUGAGGUACAAGAAGAAUUUGAUCUCAGACAGAUCAGUGUCGCAUUUACGUUUUAAAAUGUGCAACAGAACAUGUAUUUUACAUCCGCGUGUACUACUGUAUUCAGAAAACAAAAGUAGUUGUGUUAUUUCAUCAAUUACAUGCCUUACAAUUUGAAAAAUAAUCCUCCACAAGCAAAGGAACCAUGAAGAUGUCAGGUAGCUAAAAAUGUAUGUUUAUUUUGAUUAAUUAAUCAGCUGAUUUGACAGAGACGAUACAUGUAGGUGGUGUUAGAUCUGAUUAAAUGCAAUGCCAAACUUGUCCCAGGUUAGACUUUACAGCAAUAAAAGACAAAACAAUGCUCUAAAACUAAUGAUGAAACAGACAAGAAGUGACUGUAACAACAACAAUGAAAAUAUCAUUUUAAUUGAAUUUCAAUUUGUCAAUUAUUAUACACUGUAAUACAAAAAGUCAACGUUUUGGGGAAAAAACUGAUGUUACGGACGAUACAUGGUACAUCUAAUUAAAAUGCACCUGACUCAAUGUUUACCAGACCAAUGACCACGAAACGCAAUCAGUGACGAUGACAGAAAAUAAAGACUAAGAGAAAAAAUGGGGGGGGGGAGAAAUAAGUCAAGUAUAUGAAAUAUGUUACUGGGAAUUUCCAGAUUUACCUUUGUUUAUUCAAUAGUUGUGUAAUUGUUUUUCUGUUUUUAUUUAUUCAUCUGUUUAUCUGUUUGGUGGUGGUGUUGAGUAGUGGGGUACUCCAAAAAACUAUUUCCCUAAAACAUUAACUUUAAACACUUAAAUUAAGUUAAAUGCAAUUAUUAUGCAUGGAAGUAAUGCAUUACAUAUAGAUUAUGUGUGAUUGAACAUGCUUUGUGUUCCCUCUCUGUAAAACUUGACCCAGUGGGUUUUGUUGAAAACCAAAAAUUAUAGAAUUAUAAAAAGAUUACGAAAUCUGAUGAUUCCAGUAAGAACAAACCCGACACAUAUUCCCAUCGGUUUCACAGAAAUAAUCUUUAAAGACUCCACCGCGUGUCAAUUCUGUAAAGGUGAAAACUUUUUACAGUGUAUUAUGCACUGUGCCAGCACCCUGCUAUUAUUAAACCUGCUCCAUUGCCUCCUGCACCCUACAUGCUCACAAUGCCAUUGUGCCCUGGUCAAAGUCACUUGUUACACCCACGCUGGUUGAGGAGUCGCUGAGGUAAGUUUCUACGCAGAGUCGCUUGCUCCUAAAUGAGAUAUUAACCAUUUGCUUCACUUAAUAGAACAGACUGUGAGGUGCUGCUGUCUCCAAGCAGGCAAACUGUAAAAAUACUGAGCGUGUUUCGGCUAUUUUUAGUUACAAAACUGCAUAUUUCUUGACAUGUGAAAUAUCAGGAUUGUGUAACAGAGUGACUCUUUCUGAAAGCAAGUGACUGAUGUUUUUGAACUCAUGAUCGCCGUCAUAAUCACACUGUUUACACAUCAUUUUGUAGGUGAGUUUCAGAAAGGUCAACAACACCUCAGGGGUCAUGAGGGCAAUCAAUGCCUGAUAAGUGAAAUUCCUGGGAUUGCAACAUUGACAGUUCCUCCCUACUGUCCCUGUUCUUUCCUUAUCUUGCCCCUCCCUUUUUGUCCUUACAUUCUUCCUUCCAUGACACUGUCACAGGAAAUGUCUGGUCAUCUGCAGCGUGACAAGCGAGCUGGCCAGGUGACACGGCAGCCAGUUAUGGGGAGAGACUCAAAAAAAGGAGGAGUGACAAGAGGCGGAGUUGGACAGACAAGAGGAAGUGAACCACCAGGAACUCACCGCCAAAACCAAAAACGUGGCGCUGAUGUAAAUUUAAAGCACAUGCCAGACUCCAAAGCCCAUCACCUUCACCCCAGUCCCCCGUCAUCUCUCCCCAGAGACCUAGAUCUCAUCCCUUACACCCUCCCCUCUCACUCAGACACCCUCUUCACUCACCUACACAGACUUAAAGAGGAAAAACUACUCCUGGACUGCAUAUUUCCCCUUAAAGGGGACUCUUUCCAGGCUCACAGACUUGUGCUGGCAGCUGCCAGUCAGACCCCUGAUGCAUUUUUUGGCUCAAAACAAAAACCUGGAACACUUGGAAUAGACCAAGUGAGCCAUCGUUUGACCCCACUUGGGUUGAGGGUUGUUCUGGACUUUGCGUACAGCGGAGACGUAGUCGCGGACUUGAGUAAAGAUGGGGUGAUGGAGGAGGUGCUGGACGCGUGCAGGUGUCUGGGGACGGACAGGCUGACGGAAAGGUGCGCGACAACGGCUGCGACACCUGCAGCCACAGAGAGGGAGAGGAGCCUGGCCAUCAUCAAUGACAUGUGGGAGAGAAGGGUUGGUUGUGAUGUCACGAUACAAGCGGAGAGCGGAGAGAGACACCCAGCACACCGUGUGGUUUUAGCAGCAGGUGGGGACUAUUUCCGGGCGCUUCUCUGCGGAGGGUUACGGGAGUCCACGGAGGACGUGGUGUGCCUGCGAGGUGUGCCCUCCCGGGUCAUUGAAUCCAUCCUGGGCUUCAUCUACACGGGACAGCUCAGACUGGGCUGGAGCCAGAUUUGGGAGCUGAUCGAUGCACUGUGUCAGUUCCAGCUGCAGGGGGCGCUGUCGCUGUGCAUCGACUUCCUGCGGGAACGAAUGGAUGAGAGCAGCUGUCUAGACGUGCUGGUCCUCGCCGAGACCUAUGGGCUGGCCCAGCUGAGGCAGGCUGCAGAGGAGUACACCCUGGCCCACUUCCAGGGCAUCUCUGCAGGGGAGAAGUUCAAAGAUGUCCCCUGUUCCCUCCUGGGCAGGUGGCUUGAGAAGGACUCACUGUGUGUAGAGAGUGAGAUAGUGGUGUUCAGGGCAGUAGUGAGCUGGGUAGAAGACGACCCUAAAGAGAGACAACCACUGCUGCCAAGUCUGCUCCACCAUGUCCGAUUCCCGCUCUUCAGCCCCUCUGAGCUUCAGGAGGCCCUGACCUGCAGCCUUCUCUACAGGAGCUCCAGGGCCAGAAGAUCACUGGAGGUACUCCGAAGCCUCCUGGAGGGGGAGUACAGAGGGCCUAAAUGCAGGCCUCGCACCCCAAAUCAGGUCCUGGUUCUGGUCUGCGGGGACACUGUGGAUGAUGAAUUCAUGAAGAGGGUACCCAGCCAGACCUUGUGGUUCGCUCAGCAGUUCCACCGUGGACCAGGUCUCAUAAGGAACAUAGAGUGGAGGCAGUUCACAGAGAUCCCUGAACCGGCUCGUUUCAGACACUGUGUCUGUGUCCUCAACGACAAUCUGUAUGUUCUGGGAGGACGCAAGUACUAUGGAGCACUCGAUGUCCUCAAGUCUGCCUUCAGGUUUGAUCUGUCUCGGUGUAAAUGGGAACGACUACCUGACAUGCUGUGUCGAAGGGACUACUUUUCUGCUGUUUCACUGGACGGUAAGGUAUUCGCCCUGGGUGGUAACCUUGAUGACAGCCAUUACAUGGAUGCUGUGGAGUACUACACUCCUGAGGAGAACAUCUGGAGGCCGGCUCACCCUCUGGACACAGCCGUCUGCGGCCACGCUGCAGCCAUUCUGGACGGGCAGAUCUUCGUCUCUGGAGGCUGCGACCCUCACCAGCGCUGCCUUCCUUACAUGUGGCACUACCAUCCCUCCCGGGGCUGUUCCACCAGAGCACCCAUGACCGUCGGAGCGGGCCGUGCAGGCCAUAUGAUGUUAGCCUUGGGGAGGGGGUUGGUGGUAGCUGGGGGGCUGCAGCCUCUCCGGAUGGGCUUCGGAGACCAGCUCCUCUGUGAGCUGUAUGACACCACACACAACUCCUGGUCCUCCAUCCCCGCCCUGCCUCGACCUCAUCUGUCGCCAGGGGCAACUGUGCUUGACGGACGGUUAUACGUGGUGGGAGGGUCUUCGGCAAGCACAGCAAAGGAUACCAAGUGGGUGCAUCGCUAUGACCCCAUGGAGGGGUGCUGGGAAAACCUGGGGGCAAUGCCGCACCCAUACACAGAUCUGGCAGCAUGCUCCCUGCCACUUCCUGGCAUUGUCGAUGUGCACUGAUCUCUGUCGUUCCCGCACUGGUUGUUUUAAUGUUUCUUUCUGGCAGGGAAGUGCCUGGACGCACUGGUUGAAGCUGAAGCUGAAAACAAGCUAAAGCUCACCAACAACAUUCAGUGCACAGAAAAUCUGCUCCCACAAAUAGACUUUUCUGCCUCUGUUAUAAUAGUUUCAGGAUAGACGAGCUUCUCCUCUGUUUUCUUGCUUACCUGGGCAAGGGGCGCCCCAUCAAAUAAGUGAUGUUUGCCUUUUUUCAAGUGACUGCAGCUGUCGUCGUUUGAAGGAAGGAACCUGAUUGAGCUUGGUCUUCAAGGGAACGCAGCAGGCUUUUGCCUCAAGGAAGUGG